AGAAGCAUGGAGGGAUAUCAGCACACUGCCCUCGGUCGGUUAGAGAGCCACACUGCAUGCGGGCAGAGCAGUAUAGCAGAGCUCACUAGCUCCUCUCAUCUCAUUCUCUAGAAGAUGGCGGACUGCGCUUCACUGUUAGAUGAGGAGCUCUCUUCAUUUGUCUUCAAUUACUUGACUGAAAACUCCGGGAGCCAGUAUGGGGAAGAGGAGGUUUGCUCAGACCGCCUGGAUGCUGACUUCCCUGACUUUGACCUCUCGCAGCUGGACGUUAGUGAUUUUGACUCAGUGAACUGCCUCAGUGAGCUGCAGUGGUGCAACGAGCACUCAGAUCACUCUCAUGCCUCCAUACAAUACAGCACCAGAGACACAGAGCUAUUCGAGGAAGAGAAUGCGGCGCUGCUCGCUGCGCUCACAGACAGCCUGGAUGGCAUUGUUGAGGACGGGGUCGGAGGGCUGUCUGUGUUCCCUUCGCUGGGGGAAGACCCUGAGGAGGGCGAAGAGGAGGAGGAAGAUGACCUCUCUUUGGACAGUGAGCCCCUCCUUGGCUCUCUGACCCCAGAGACAGAAGACCCGUCUCUACUAAAGAAACUCCUGUUGUCGCCCCCUAAUGUGCCUGUGGGCCUCGAGAUGCACAAAGACGGCAGUGUGCAUCGUCAUAGCAGCAGGAACCAGCACAUCAAGCCCAUGAGGCCUGUACUAAAGAAGAACAAGAUAAGCACACAGGAGCGUAAGUCACGACCAGUGCGGCCCGCCGGUCAUCUUUGCACUGAACUCCAUCGCCACCUCACCACAGCACAGGAGGCCGAGGACACGCCCUCCGCCGACACAGAGGAAGAGGAGGAAGAUGAAGAGGACUGUGACUCUGAGGAGGAAGAGGAGGAGUCAUCCAGCAGUGAGGAAUGCGAGAGCACGGUGUGUGUCGAGCCGCCGAAGCCUCAGUUCUCCUCAGAGAAAGAACUGCACUCUGUAGUGGAGCUCAUCAAAUACAUGCACACGUACUGCCUGCCCAGGCGCAAACAGGCCAGCUGGGAUCGCAAAGAGCGUGAGGCGUUGGCGCGUAAGGCCAAGCCUGAGAACCCCCCAGUGCCCCGCAGCGUUCCUCAGAACUGUCAUAAGCCGGACCCCCAAACCAGUAUUGGGUCCAGGCCGAGGGUACCCUUUGCUCGCCGCAGGGAGAUCAAAGCCCACUCCCUGCUCAAAGAGCUUCUAGAAGCUGUCAGUUCCUUUGACGUAAGCAAGCCUUACAGAAUGCACAGCCCUCCUUAUACCCACUGCAGAGGGGCUGCUCAGCCUGCCCAGGAGAAAAAGACUGAGGUUUCAGCCUCUCCUGCAUUGCAGCCCAAAGCUGAACCUAAAGACUCAGACUGUGAGAGCUCGCAAAAGGUCGCUAAGCGCCCCAAGAGCCCCGAGCCUGAGGAAGGAUCCUUCUCGGUUAGACGCUCUCGCCGUCUGGCUUCCUUCCCCAGCCGAUUCGCUAAGAGAGUCCGUGUUAACUGUGGCCGAUCGGAGGCCAGUGCUGGACAGUCCAGUGAAGACGAGAACCGGGUCAAACAUCCUCCCACAGAACCACCAUCUGAUAGCAACAAGAAGACCAACUCCCACAAGAGCUCUGAAGCCCAAAACCCAUGCCGCAGUGAUGAGAAACGCGCCUGUCUGUGUCUGCCGCUGGCCAACGGGUCCAACGGGUCCAACGUAGACGCACAGUAUGCCAACAAGCCCUUUGAGCAGACUCUCUGCGUGGAGCUGUGUGGCACAGCAGGCCUCACUCCCCCCACCACACCCCCUCAUAAACCAGUGGAGGAUGAGCUCUUCAAACCAGACGGCAAAGCUGAGCUCACCACCAAGAGCUCGUUCCUGGCACGGGCGCACAUACGCAAGCUCCCAGAGCAGACGGAACUGUACGCCCAGCUGCGCCGGAUGGGCCAAGCAGGCGAUGCAGACUCGAAGGGCGGCACACAACGCACAUAUGGGGACCACGACUACUGCCUACUGGGUUUGGGUGAGAGUCGCAAGAGACCAGCGGUGACGCAGUGCCACUUGGAAGUGCAAGGAAAGGAGGAGGAGAUGGGUGUGAAGAACGAGGAGAUGGAAGGACAGGAGGAGAUGCAUUUCUUUAAAGCCCUAGACUACCUGCAGUGGACUGGAAACUCAGGGGACCAACCUGCAGAUUUGCCCACAGAGUUACCCACGCCCAGCCCAGAGCAGACCUGCGAACUCUCUCCUAUCCGUUCUCCUUCCCCAGAGCUGGACGCCCAGUCUCCUGUGUCCUGCUCACCCCCCUCCCCUAACUGCAAGCUCUCCUUCAGCGAUGAGAGCUCUGAGACGUGCCAUGAAGCAACAGAAAAAAAGAGCAAGACAAAGUGUGGACAAGAGAAUGAUGUGAACAAGUGCCAAGUGAUCUAUAUUCACAAUCUUCCGAGCAGUGUCACUCAGUCCAUGCUGCGGAAGCGCUUCGAGGCCUUCGGUCAAACAGAUGACUGCAAAGUUGUCAUCAAAAACGAGGAGCGUUGUGGAGUUAUCACACUUAGGUCCACUCAGAGUGGCCAGACCCCACGGCACAGGCGGGACUCACUGGGUCCGAGUGGGGGGAACAGCAGCCGACGGUUUGGCAGGAAGCGUUACAUAGAUCUGGAUGAGGCAGGUCCCGGCCCGGUGAAGAGCAAGUAUGAUGCACUGGACUUUGACGCUCUUCUGAAGGAGGCUCAGAGAAGCUUGCAUCGCUGACACGCCUUGCAACGCCUCAAGCAUUGCCACCCCGUCCGAGACUCGCCUCAGUACCUCAACCAAGGCACCUCUUCAUGUUUACAUUUUGAACAUUUAAAUAAAAAAUUGACCUUGUCACUUGUAACUGAGGAUCAGAGGACAUUGGGGCAGGACAACCAGUGAACAAAUGAACAGAAACAGCUCUGACAACACCGGACACAAGUGCUGCUUCUUGUGUGUGUUCGUGUUUGAUGCCAUUCAUGACGUUGUGAGCAGCUCGGGCUUCGUAGCAAACCGCACUCUUCCGUUUGUUGUCGUGACGUGCGUGUGUUAUUAUUUUUUUGUUUGUUUUUUUAUAAACCCUUUGUCACUCUUCAUAGACUUGCAGGGUGCUUUCACCAUUUUGUUGUACAAAUAUAUAAACAAUAACUGCUUUGUAUUAGCAAAACUUUGUGGAUGUUUAACUCUUUGUGUGUGUGUGUGUUAUGAUGAAAAGUGGAUUAAAAGUGGAUAAAAAAAAAAGGCAAACAAAAAGAAUCCUGACAAGGUAGAGUUUACAAUUCAAAAAGGAAAGGAAAAACAAUAGUCUUUUUGUAAUUUUAGUGCUUCCUUGAUUUCAUCUAUGCACUCAAACGAGGUAGUGCUUCUUUGGUCUGGCCUCUAUCCUCCUCUGGUCUUGAAGAAGCUUUCGCUGCUGGCUGCCAGAAACAACUGAGCAAAUGAGUCUAUUGUCCAAACCAACCCUACUGUACUACCUUAAAGGUGCUGUAAGUGAUUGUUUUUGCAAUACCACACAUAAAAUUCCUCUAUUACCUGACAGAUAUCACUGAUAGGUGUCCUGAGAAAUCACACCUGUCUCUGUUUCAAUGUAUACAGCAAAAAAAUAAAAUAGUGUCAGGGGAACGGGCCAUGCUUUUGUGUUCAGAGUGGUUGACAUGUCUUUGGAGGGCGGGGUUAAUUGAGUGGCUAAGUCUAGCGAAUGUAAGCAAAACAACUGAAAUUGCUUACAGCACCUUUAAAGGGUGAAGUGUGUAAUUUAUACAUGUUAAAAUACUUAUAUGUAGAUACAGUUGUAAGCUAUUUGUAGGUUGAUUCCCCAAAGAAGUGUAAACAGUUUUUUCUUUGGCGCUAUCAAAACAUUGCUCUUUUUGAGCAUCCUAAAAUAGCAACAUUGGCUCAACUGGUGUGACUAUCUGUUUUUUGAACAAUGGCAGAUAGGUGAUGUGUUUGAAUUGUUUGUCAGAUCGUGAACCUAUCCUGUUAAGAACCCAUCUCAUAAUUAAUAUUUUCAUAACGUUUCGAAAUUUCAAGGAAUAGAAUGUACCCGUCACAAAUGCGAUUGUGGCCACCUUCCUGUCCAUCCUAUUGAUCUUAAUUUGAAAGUACAGUUUAGUGGUAAGACUCUCCCAGUAGCACAGUCAUAGGAGACAUCAGACAAGUCUUUCUCCUUGAUGUUGACUCAAAGUGCUCUUGUUGGCAGUACUUGAGAGAAAGGUGGUAGUGAACAAGGAGGAAGAGCUUUCCUAAAACUAUUUCCAGAGCUUAAUCUCAUAAGAGAUACAGUCGUAUCUCUGCUUUGUUUACAUGUCACUCUCUCAUACUCUCUUUCUCUAAGCUCAAACUCUUUUUUUACUCUCCUAUCUAACAGGGGAAGAUCUGCGGGUUUUUUCUAGCUCUUACCUUGUGGCUAAUUCUCUAUUUGUCCUCUGUCGGUUUUUUUAAACGUGUACCUGUGUAUAACUGCGUGCGUCAUCCGUGUCUUUAGCAGGCUCUUGGGAUGGGUUUGCCCCAUAUUAUAUGCUGGGAGUCGAAGUGUGUUCACUCGUACCUAUUGCUUUUAUUCUGCGGGGUCACCCUCCUCCCCUUGAACCCUAGGCCUGUGGAUCUAGUACACAUGUGAGUGUGUGCGUGCGUGUGUGCUGGUGUAGGGAUGGUUAUAAGCCUCUCUUUACUCUCGCAUUAUCCCUGCCUCUCCCUUGUAUCCAGUUACCUCCACUGAAACACACCCCAAGCCUGAAUGUUUACAUGACUGAAUUCUCUUUUGACUUUAAUAGAGCGCACACUAAGUACAGAACGCCUUAUUCAGUGUUAAAAGUACCCUAAUCAGGACGUGCCUUGCUGGCUUCCCUCUUAAGGUACUGAGAAGUUACUUUGAAUACUACAGACCACUUUCGACCAAAUUUAAAACGCCCAAUACGAUCUUGAGAAGAAAAAAAAAACCUGAAUGAGUGUUUGUGCUUAGUAUGUAUACUACUAACAAGUGAGAGAAUGUGCUGGUUUACAUGAUUAUAUAUAAGUAUAAAUAUAUAGAGGUAUAUAAUGUGUAUAUAGCACUGUGUCUUGUGUAAACAUGAAAUGUAUGGUUAUGUUCUGUACAGCGAUGUGGUAAUCUUGUUGUGGUAACGAGUGGAUCUGAUUGGUUAAUAUGUUUAAAGGGCAGGGGAGAACUUGAUGAUGCAGCGUUAAGCAAUACAGGGAGCUACAGAAGGGAAUUUUCAAUGAUUAUGGCUUCAUAAGUCAAACACAGUUGUAUAGAGUAUCCCUUUAGAAAUUGUUGAAUUUUCUUUUUUAAUGACUUUAAUAUGUUGAUCUUUUUAUUUUUUAUGCAAUUGAGAUGCAAUACCAUUAAUCUAAGAGAGCCUUUCUCAAAAACGGACGGAUGUAUUUAAGAGAUCAGUUGUUUUAUUGAAAUCAGUUCUUGUACUGUAUGUCGUAGAUUGCUGUAGAGAGACAGUGAAACAGCUUGAAUCAUUAAAAAAGAAGGUUGAUGUUCAGGAUCACUGGCCAAGAAAGACUUUAUGUAUAAAUAAGAAAAAUACACAGACAGUCCAUUUUCACAAGGAGAGCCUUAAACCUUAUGGGAAAACAAAGCUAUCAGUCCUGUCUGAUCUCCUUUACAAUCCAAUGUUUUCUUUACUGAAAUAAUUAAACUUUUUCAAUAUAUCUAUAUUAAAAAAGGUAUAUACAUAUAUAUGAUUAUAUAUACAUACAUAUAUAUUUGUGUGUUUGUGUAGAUAAAUAUAUAGAAGCUAUAAUUUGUUAUAGACCAUUUUAUUCAGUGUUUCAGAACACUUCAAUACAUUUGAACUUGAUGGGGUGGAAAACACUACACUGUCGAUCUAGAAUGUACAAAUGAUAUAAAAAAAUAAAAUAAAAAAAUAUAUAUAAAAAGAAAAACUUCCAAAGGGAACCUUCUUUAAAUGCAAUACAUACUGUAUUUCAGUCCUCAUUUCAGCAAUCGCAAGACAAAGUUGACCAAAAAGUACAUUUGAUGUUUGGAUACAGAAGUGUGGUACCACAUCAAAAUCCAUUUCACACAUGUCAUGAUCGUUUGGCCUGGCCCUUAAAUCUACACAUGUGUGUGCAUUCUUCCCCUCUUUUUAGUUAGUAGAAAAUGUCACUUUUAAUUCACUACAUCUUUUGCCCUGCAAUUUGUUGUUCACAAAGUACAUGCUCUUGCAAUAUUGGAGAGAAUUUGCUUCUUUAGCAAAAUUGUCUGUGCUAAACCUUGGAUCAUUUUUAUCAAGAAGUGGAUCUAGCGUCAGUCAUUUUGCUGCAAGAGCAUUAGUUAACGAAAUGCCUCUAAUGUCAUCAUACAUCCAUGUCGCAUGGUCUUGCUGCUUCAAGACCUUGUCUGUUGUGGAAACAAAAUUGGAGUCAAAGGGCAUAUGUUGUUUUCUUUGUCUUGUUUUUAUUGAUUUUUGACUCCUCUAAUGUCUAUCAAAUUCACUAUGAUUUUUCCUUUUUUAACCUAGUUUGUGGUAAAUACUGCUAGUAAGAUUUUAUAUUUUUUACAUAUAUUUUGUUUUAUUUGGAGUUUUUUUAUUUAUAUGCCACUUAGCUUGGAUGUCUUUAAAUGGUGUUGGUUUUAUUUUCAAUUUCGUUUUUCGGUAUUGUGUGAUUUCAUAAGUCUUGAGAAUGUGGAGACAAAUGCAUUUCAGUAUUUUUAAAUAGUUAAAAUCUAGUUUCCUAGAUCAAAUUAUCUAUAUAGCAUAAAUUAUUUGAUGUCAUAAAUUAUAUUUUAAUUCAUGUAAAUAGUUUAAAAAAAAAAAAAAAAAAAAAAAGCAGACAAUGGCUUCCUUUUAAACUGAACACAUUUCUCUUAUGAGAUUGUUUACAUUAUUAAACUGUAGAAACUGAUCCUCAUAUACUGUAUAAAAAUAAAUAAAUAAAUAAAAACUGAAAAAAAAAAGUACAUUGUUUUGCCUCCAAAAAAUAAAAUCCAUAAUGAACAACA